CGGCGCCGCCUGAGCCCGCAACGACGUUCCUUUUAGCACCCUCUCUCCGCUAUCGCUCCCCACCAACCAACUCUCCCCAGUGCACGUCAGCCCGAUUCGAUAAAGCCGCAAGCCACUUUGGCACUUUGGCAGCCACCCACACGGCCAGAGAAAGAUUCCAUCCCAACCAACGAAACAUCACUGCCAUCCUGCCGACACCACUCUCGGAUCUCCAAGAACGCGGCUUGUCGUCGAGUCGUGUUUAUGAGCCUCAAAACCAAGCCCAGCUCGUCGGGCGCGACCAAGUUCCGGGCUCGGCGACAGUGGGCACUGAAGAAUAGCGACGGGACUGCCACUUCUCUCGCCGCUCUGGGUGGUAGUCUUGCCUUCUCUCGCUAUUGGGGUGUGCCGUGGAAUGGGACACCUCAACCACCUGCCCACACGUACACAGCGGCUGGCCAAGCUUAGCCAUGGAUGUCGCAGGCUCAAUAGAUGGCCGGUUGAACGGGCUGGAUCUGCCUCGUCGAUUUCCCACCAUUCCGGGAGAAGAAUGGCCCCAUACACCCCCUCCCGGGAUUAUCAAGCCGGCCGAAACUGGGUUACACUCCAAUAUAGCCUGCAGUGCCUGCCCGCUGCAGACCCCGCGAUGGAAGCCUUGGGGUAUGAAUGUAUCUCCACUUCCCAGUGACCGGACCUACCACACAUGUCAUUUCGGAGGAGCAGCUUCUUAUAUGUUCCUCAUUACUUCUAGGAAGUAAUGCCCCUCUAAAUCCUGUCUGGGCCGUCUCUUGACCCCUAUAUUCCUCCACGCUUCGCCCUGCUUCAGCCGUCUGCCUCUAUCCGUCAUGCGUUCUCUCUUGUUCCUGUACCUCACCACAGCUGGCACGGCAUCUUCGUUGAAAUGCCGUUCUAAACCCUUCGAAAAUCUCGUUACCUUUGGAGAUAGCUAUACGGACAAUGGUCGCCUGAGCUCCUACUUCGCGAGCGGAGGGAAAGCCCCUCCGCCUGGAACCAUGCAUCCCGAGGCCAAUGUCACGGCCAGUGGCGGGCUCGCCUGGGGCCAGAUGGCUGCGAGAGCCACUGGUGCGAGAUACCUUGACUAUGCAAUCGGGGGUGCUACGUGCUCAAAUAACAUCGUCUCGCGGUUCUUGAUGUCCCUCGGCAGGGAAUUCCCCUCAGUCCUGGAGGACCAGAUCCCAUCCUUCAAGAAGGACGUCGACGCGGGUGCCGAUACACUAUACGGGGGCGGCAGAACAGCGGACAACACGGUCUACGCCAUGUGGAUUGGAACCAACGACCUCGGGGCCGGGAACGCCUUCCUCGUUGAAGAAUACGCCCCUGGGGCCACUCUCACCAACUUUACCGACUGCGUGUGGAAUGUAUUCGAUGAGAUCUACUCGACUGGUGGCCGGCGAUUUGUGCUCCUGAACGAAGCACCCCUCCAUUUGGCACCCCUUUACGUGCCCUCGGCGAACGGCGGUAUUGGCGAUUCUACUUUUUGGCCUACCAAGACGAAGUACAACGAGACAGCCUAUCAGCAGAAGAUCCUUCAGUACACGACUACGGUUAAUACUGUCUUUGAUUACGGGGCGCCAUUCAACCUGAUCGUCAAGCGAAGGUGGCCCGGGGCCAAGUUCUCCAUCUUUGAUGUGCACAGCCUCAUGACCGACAUGUCGCUGAACCCGACUCGGUAUUUCGACGCCCCGGCCAACUCGACGGGCUUCUACCGCCACUGCGACCCGAAAACAGAGAAAUGCGCCGACUCUACAGAGCCUCUGUCCAGCUUCAUGUGGUUUGACGAUCUUCAUCCAUCUGAGAGAGCUGAGAAAGUUGUUGCCGAGCACUUUCUGGAUGUGAUAGCGGGAAACUCCACCUACGGUACUGACUACCAUUGAAGCACAAAGGGCAUAAUGUAAGGGGGACGUGCCAGAGUACCGCUCCACUACAUAGACCAAAAGAUCCAACAGUUCAAUCACUUCGUGAUUGAACCCUCUGGCACCACAGUAUAUCAAGCCCCGAAGCCCCUGUAGCCAACGCUCCAGGCAACCCCGUUACACAUAACGUCCUGGGCAGGUGCGUGGGGAAGUGGCAUCGAUGGGUGGGAGACGCGUGCUGUCCGAGUGUACCAACUUAAAAAAUUCGGUCGCCGAUCUUGCAGUCUUUCCUCUAUAAGUCCAACUGGGGAGAAGCUUGCUAGCCUCAGCCCAUGCACCCCUGUAUGGAAUCUGCAUGUUUGUCUUGAACCUGAGGGCGGAUUUGGUAAAAUGUAUUGCCGAGGGUGGAUGGUGGUUGCGAUGCGUGCUACUGUAAGCUGAUGGGGCGGAUGUCCAUCCCUGUCAAACGCCCAAGCGUAGGCGCUCAAUGGCCAGCCAAAACGCACUCGCACGCACGCCGA